AUGCCCCCGAAGCUCAAGCUACCCCUGAAUUUCGACAGAUAUGAUGGAACAAGGGACCCAGAGGAUCACCUACAUGCCUUCAAAGGUGCAGGACAACUGGGACGAUGGCCCAUGCCUGUUUGGUGCCAUAUGUUCGUGCAAACCCUAACAGAAGGAGCCAGGCUUUGGUUUGAUAGCCUUCCUCCUGGGGGAAUAGACAGUUACGAGGAGCUGAGCGAGAAGUUCCUGAGAAACUUCAGUCAGCAAAGGAAGGUGAUAAAAAACCUUAACGAGAUCAUGCACAUAAGGCAACGGGACAACGAGCGCGUAGACCAAUACAUGGAGAGAUUUGUUAAAGAAAGCAUGAACAUCAAGGAUGUCCCAGAAGUCAUGAAGAUCAGCAGCUUCAUCAACGGGCUGAAGCAUGCACAACUGUGUGAAAAACUGGGUGAGUAA